AUGGCAGAUCGACCCGCAAAUCUCAUGCAGAUGGCGCGGAUGGCCAUUCCGCGACCACAAUUCUUCCUCGUCGUCUUGGUCGGUUCGAUCCUCGUCCAGUUUCUGAUCGCAGGCCUGCGAAUCCAGCAUGAUAACAAAGACCUGGCGAUUUCGGCAAGAAUUCGGACACUGCCCUCUUCAGCGCUGCUCGUCACCGCCCAUCCGGAUGACGAGGCCAUGUUUUUUGCGCCUGCCAUUCAGGCGCUCGCUGCGGCAGGCACAACAAUUUUCGCCUUGUGCCUCUCCACCGGUAACGCUACCGGUCUCGGUCUGGAACGCACCCAAGAACUCUUUGGCAGCUACAAUCAACUCGGUCUACCCUCUACCAGAGUCAAAUACCUCGACGAUGUACAAUUGCAAGAUUCCAUGCAAGUCACCUGGCCAAACGACUACGUCUCCACCGUUGUUGCGAACCACAUCGACUCCAUCUCGCGCUCCAACCGCAUCGACGCGCUCAUUACCUUCGACAAGCAGGGUGUCUCUGGCCAUCUCAAUCACAUUGCAACGUACAAUGGCACACGCGAUACCGCCGUCGCCCGCAACCUCACUCUCUACGUUCUGCCCUCCUUGGAAGUGUGGGAAAAGUACAGCUCGGUCCCAUUUGCCGUUUGGGAGUCGAUUGCCUACUCCGGAUACGUGCCUGCAGCUCCAGCAGCUGGUGCAAGCUCAGAGCCGUACAAGCCCGCCUCAGAGAUCCUCAUCCUGGCGAGCCCAGCCCAGUACCUCGAAGCAGUACGAGCCAUGUUCAAGCACCAAACCCAGCUCGAAUGGUUUCGAUACCUCUACAUCGUCUUCAGCAGAUACAUGUUCUCCAACAAGUUGGUGCUCUGGACACCCCAGCUCGACCUUGAUACAGAGCAAUGA